AUGCAUUUAAAGCUCUUAUUGUCUAUAGCAGUAGUUAUCACCAGCUUAAAUCAGAGUGUCAAUGGUAAGCCUGUGUUGAAUCGUAUUCAAGUACAAAAGCGUAACACCUGCUCUCAAGCUCAAAUAGCUGCUGGUACUUGUAUUUUGGCCAGUAAUCCUGCUGGCACUUAUGCUGCAAGCUUACCCUUAGGGCAACCUGGAGCAAACGGUCAGUACGCUUCUGCUCCGGUUUCUUAUACUUCUCCCCCGGUUUACACACCACCUGAUGUGAGUGGUAUGGCUGGUAACUUUGUAUCUUCUGCUAAUGGUGUCAGUCAAUCCACUGGCUCUCUUUUGCCCGCCUUGCCUAAGUUACCUGAUUUUCCCGCUUUGCCAACACUACCUACACUCCCUAAUCAAGGGUCAGCAGCUCCCGUGACAAAUACUCUAUUACCACCGCCUAAAAAGAAUGAUGAUGAUGACGACGAUGAGGAUGAUGAUGAUGAUGAUGAAGAUGACGACGAUGAAGAGUAA